GCCCUUUAUAUAUCCCAUUGCAAUACAAAAUAAAAUCAACCCUAGGGUUUUCUCUCCCCAUUCCCCUUCGCCUCAAAGAGACGCCAAUUUUAUAAGAGGAAAGAAUCCAAUAGCCACCCAAUCAUCAUGACAGGAAAAGCAAAGCCAAAGAAGCACACAGCCAAAGAAUUAGCAGCAAAGAUCGAUGCAGCAACAACCAACAGGGGUGGUGGCAAAGCUGGAAAAGCCGACAGGUCUGGUAUUGAAAAAGGUGGACAUGCUAAGCUUGAAUGCCCUCUUUGCAAAGUGACUGCACCUGAUAUCAAGUCUAUGAAGAUCCACCAUGAUGCUAAACAUCCCAAACUUGCUUUUGAUGAGACAAAACUCAACAAUCUUCAUGCUGUUGCUCCUGUUGCUGAAUCUAGCAACAAGGUUAAACCCGGUAUCCGUGGCAGUCUCAAGAAGUGAUUAAAUAGGGAUAAUAGUCUUUGUGGGGGGCAUGAAUAAUAUGUAAUCGUUAUCAUUCUCAUGUUUCUUGGUUUAUAUGGAAGUUACUGAUGUUAUGGUUGUUAUUGUGGCUGUUGUUCCGGAUAUAAUUUGCUUUUAUAUAUAAUUACUGUUUUGAUGUUA